CAAUUCCACAAGUCAACAAGCCAGCUCCUGCAAUAAUCAAUAAUUCCUCCAUUCGCAAUUAGCACAGAUCAUCGUCUUUUGCCCAUACAAACACCAGGUUGAGAAUGGGCUUCGUAUCAACCGCCACAGCACUUCGGUGCCUGUCCAUCUUCCACCUCACGCUGGCAUACUACUUUCUGACCAGCCCCGUGCGCGUUGCGGAUCAGAAUGCCGUCUUCAUACUUGGCGAAGCCAUGGGAAUUCCGCACUCGCUUUCCUUGACUCUACCAUCCGCAUCAACGGCAGUGAUUGGACUGCUCCUCGCAUUCAUCGGCCUGACCGACUUGUCGUCUACGGGUCUGCCAGAGGACAUGGCGAAUUACUUCUGGAGCUCUCAGGCGCCUAUACGCCUAUUAUUCUUCUUCGGGAUUACCGGCUACGCGUACCUAUUUUCGCAAUGGUCGAAUGUGGCUGCUGAUGAUGAUGAUGUCGACCUUGUCAAUGAUGCCUCGGGCGCUGCGGGCGAGAAUGCAAAGAACAGUGUUGUUUUUGCUUGGGGGUUCUUCGAAUUGGUCGUGUGGUUUUAUAUUUUCAUCACGCUCCGGGAGGAACGAACAGCUCUUGCUGCUAAAUUGGCUGAGCGCAAACAGGCAGAGGAGGAAAGAUUAUAAAUGGUUGUGUAUUGGUAGAUUUGGGCAUGGUCGGGAAAAGUUGUAUUCUCUAGAUUUUUUUUUACCCUACUUUACAAAUUUACAAACAACAUGCAGAUGGGAGCUACAUUUUACUGGUAUAUAUCCGCUGGAACGGAG